AUGCUGUUUUUGAAACUGACAUUGUUAGCGGUUCUCCUCCCAGGUGUCAGCAAUGAAGAAGGCUUUCAGGGGCCCACCUCCUUCUACCUCAUCCAGAUCUCCUCUUUCAUCAACAAAUCCUGGACAACAAAUCAAGGUUCUGGUUGGCUGGAUGAUUUGCAGAUUCAUGGCUGGAACAGUGACGCAGGCACAGCCAUUUUUCUGAAGCCCUGGUCUAAGGGCAACUUCAGUGAUCAGGAGAUUACUGUACUAGUGGACAUAAUUCGAAUUUACCUUGUUGGAUUUACUCAAGAAGCACGAGACUUUGUCAGUCAAUUCCAGAUAGAAUAUCCAUUUGAAGUUCAAAGCAGAGCAGGCUGUGAGCUGCGUCCUGGCGAGUUACCGAGAAGUUUCUUGAUGGGAGCUCUAGGAGGAGUGGAUUUCUUGAGCAUCCAGAAUCAUUCUUUUGUACCUUCCCCAGAGAGUGGCUGGAGGGCAAAGAAGUUUUGCAGACUCGUCAGUCAGUACCAAGGAAUCUGUGAUACCAUUGAUAAUCUUCUCUACAGAGUCUGCCCCCGGUUUCUCUUGGGUGUUCUUGAUGCAGGGAAGGCAGAUCUACAGAGGCAAGAGAAGCCUGAGGUCUGGCUGUCCAGUGGCCCCUCUCCUGGUCCUGGCCGCCUGCUGCUGGUGUGCCAUGUCUCGGGAUUCUACCCGAAGCCCGUGUGGGUGAUGUGGAUGCGGGGGGAGCAGGAGCAGCGGGGUACUCAUCAAGGUGACAUCCUGCCCAAUGCUGAUGGGACCUGGUAUCUCCGAGUUACCCUGGAUGUGGCAACUGGAGAGGCUGCUGGCCUGUAUUGCAGAGUGAAGCACAGCAGUCUAGGUGGUCAGGACAUCAUCCUCUACUGGGGGUAUCCCAUAUCUAUUGGCUUGAUCUGUUUAGCAAUAACAGCCCUCAUCUUGCUCUUUUUGAUAGUCCUUGCUUUACGGUUUAUGAAACGCUGGUAA